UCCAUUUUCACCCUUCUAUGCACUCUGUAAUUAACAGAUUACAGAGCCAGCCAGCAUAAAGAUAACCUAAUUUCUUUAUAAAAUAAAGAUGAUGUGAAGAAUCUGAACAUCUCCUCUCUCUCCGUCACACCAACAAUGGACUUUGUGUGUGAGAGAGAGCCCUAAAUAUUCCCCAAUCUUUUUUUGAAUUGUUUCUGUUAUUUUUUAUGAUUGAUGGCAGCUACGAGUCUAGCACCGGAGCCACCACCAGCAAUCGCAGAGGUGUUUCCAUGGCUGAAAACCCUACCUCUGGCGCCGGAGUAUCAUCCCACUCCGGCCGAGUUUCGAGAUCCGAUUGCUUACAUUUUCAAAAUCGAGGAGGAGGCCUCGAAGUAUGGCAUCUGCAAAAUUGUGCCCCCUGUUUCCCCUGCUGCAAAGAAGACUGUAAUUGCUAACUUCAAUCGCUCGCUAGCUGCAAGAGCGGCUGCGUCCUCCUCUGGCUCGAAAUCAGCACCCACAUUCACCACCCGCCAGCAGCAGAUCGGGUUCUGCCCUCGAAAGUCUCGCCCGGUGCAGAAGCCCGUAUGGCAGAGUGGGGAGAACUAUACGUUCCAGAAAUUUGAGACCAAGGCGAAGAGUUUUGAGAAGAAUUAUCUGAAGAAAUGCUUGAAGAAGGGCUCUCUCUCGCCUCUGGAGAUCGAAACACUCUAUUGGAAGGCAACUGUGGACAAGCCGUUCUCAGUGGAGUACGCAAAUGACAUGCCGGGCUCUGCUUUCACGCCAAUGAAGAGUGAUGGCGGGAGAGAGGCAGGGGAAGGGGUAACGCUUGGUGAGACGGCGUGGAAUAUGAGAGGAGUGUCGAGGGCAACAGGGUCGUUGUUGAGGUUCAUGAAGGAGGAUAUUCCUGGGGUUACUUCGCCUAUGGUUUAUGUAGCAAUGUUGUUCAGCUGGUUUGCUUGGCAUGUGGAGGAUCACGACUUGCAUAGCUUGAAUUACUUACAUAUGGGGGCCGGGAAGACCUGGUAUGGUGUUCCUAGGGAAGCAGCUGUGGCAUUCGAGGAGGUAGUGAGGGUUCAUGGCUAUGGAGGAGAGAUCAAUCCUCUUGUUACUUUUGCUAUUCUUGGUGAGAAGACCACGGUUAUGUCUCCUGAAGUAUUUCUAGGUGCAGGGGUGCCGUGCUGCAGGUUAGUGCAGAAUGCUGGGGAGUUUGUUGUUACUUUCCCUAGAGCUUAUCAUACGGGGUUCAGUCAUGGGUUUAAUUGUGGGGAAGCAGCAAAUAUUGCCACUCCGGAAUGGUUGAGAGUAGCUAAAGAUGCAGCUAUUCGUAGAGCUUCAAUCAAUUACCCUCCAAUGGUGUCUCAUUUCCAGUUACUUUAUGACCUUGCUCUAAAUCUAUGUUCAAGAAUACCAACGGUCAUAAAUUCUAAACCACGCAGUUCUCGACUGAAAGAUAAGAAAAGAGGUGAAGGUGAAACCCUUGUUAAGAGGCUAUUUGUGCAGAAUGUAAUGGACAAAAAUGACCUACUGCAUCUUCUUGGGAAAGGUUCUUCUGUCGUACUUCUUCCCCAAAGUUCUUCGGAUAUUUCUGUCUGUUCAAAUUUACGUGUUGGAUCCCAAUUAAGAGCGACUCCAGGGAUGUCUUUUGAUCUAUGCCGAACAACAGAACGAAUGAAAUCCUCAAAAAGUUCAGUUUUUGAUGAUAUGAUGUUAGACAGGGGCCGCGGAAUCUUGCAAGUUAAGGGCUUCUUAUCAGUGAAAGAGAAGUUUGCAUUUUUAUGUGAAAGGAACAGGAUUUCCUCAUUAAAGAGAGAUGAUAAUAUGUGCACUGUGAAUGCUGAGACCAAAUUACACUCUGAUAAAUUGUCUGAUCAGAGACUGUUUUCAUGUGUUACGUGUGGAAUUUUGAGCUUUGACUGUGUUGCUAUUGUUAAACCACAAGAAGCAGCCGCCAGAUACCUCAUGUCAGCUGACUGCAGCUUUUUUAAUGAUUGGAUUGCUGGUUCUGGAUUAAGUGGAUUGAAAGACAAGAGCACCCCGGAUGGUUUAUAUGAUGUUCUCGUUCAAUCUGCUAAUUACAAAAUUCAGAUGGCACAUCAUAGUGGUGAAGAAGUUUUGGAUGCUGAAGCAGGAAAAGAUACCCCAGCUCUUGACCUAUUAGCUUCAACCUAUGGAACUUCAUCUGAUUCUGAAGAAGAUAAGUCUGAACCAGAUGUUCAUCAUUAUGCUGAAGAAACUAACAUCACAAACUCUCCAUCGGAGGAAGCCCAGGGUCAGAACAUUGGCUUGCAUUUUCAGGUGCAAGAUUUCCAUAGUGAGGCAGCUGAGGGUUGCAAGGAAUCGCCGUCAGAACGUGGUUGUGGGGAUCAAGUUCACCUGCACACUGAUUACUGUACCGAACAUGAACAUAAUGUAACUAUUUUGAAUGAGAGAAAUCAGCAAGUUUCUGACUUAUCUGCUGUGUACGAAACUGGGAACAGCAACAUUUUGGAGGGUAGACCAAGAGUAUCAAAUGCAACUUAUAAUUGUUCCCCAGUUGUCUGCAAUCUUGAGAAAAAUAAUUUUAGCCAGGCCAUUGUACCUAAAGAGAAUUCAGCGUCAUUUCCCUUGCAGUCUGAUGAAGAUUCUUCUCGAAUGCAUGUCUUUUGUCUUGAGCAUGCUGUUGAAGUAGAACAGCAACUUCGUGCUAUAGGUGGAGUGCAUGUUAUGCUUCUAUGCCAUCCAGAGUAUCCCAAGAUAGAGGCUGAAGCCAGGUCAGCAGCAGAAGAACUGGGAAUGGAUCAUACUUGGUAUGAUAUCACUUUCAGAAAUGCCACCAGAGAGGAUGAAGAGAAAAUUCAAUCAGCUUUGGAUAGUGAGGAAACCUUACCUGGGAAUGGGGACUGGACAGUAAAGUUGGGCAUUAAUCUCUUCUACAGUGUGAACCUCAGCCGUUCUCCUCUGUACAGUAAGCAGAUGCCUUACAAUUCUGUUAUUUAUAAUGCAUUUGGUCGUGCUUCUUCACUUAGCACGCCCCCAGGCAUUAACUUCAAUGUGAGGAGGCCUGGCAAGCAGAAAAAAGUGGUGGCUGGGAAAUGGUGUGGAAAAGUAUGGAUGUCAAAUCAAGUCCAUCCUUUUCUAGCACAAAGGGAUUCUGAGGACCAGGAUCUGGAAAUAGAACGUGAAAGAAGCUUGCAUGGUCAGGCAAUGCCAGAUGAACAUCUAGAAAGGGAAUUACAAAGCACCUGCAAAUCUGAAACUGUCCAGCUUGCUAGAAAGUCCAGGAGGAAGAGGAAAAUGAUUUCUGGGCAGGGAUCCGCUAAGAAAGUCAAAUGUGUUGAGAAAGAGGAUGCAGCUUCAGGUGAUCCAAUGGAGAAUAAGUCUCCCAACCCGCAUAGGAGAAUUCUUAGUUGGAGGCCGAUCAAGCGUAUGGAGGGAGAAGAAGUUUCGUAUGAUUCACCAGAGUCCACUUCAAGUCAGCUGCAUAGGAGGAUACCUAGAAGCAAGCUGCCAAAAUGCGCUGAGAGAGAAGAAUCAGUUUCGGAUGAUUCGCUGGAUGAAGAUUCUCAUCAACAGUAUAGGGAGAUUCGUAGAAGCAAGCAAACCAAAAUUGAGAGAGGAAGUGUAGUUUCACAUGAUCUGUUGGGUAAAAGAUUUGGGAAGCAGUAUGCCAGGAUUCAUCGAUGCAAGCAAGCCGUAUCUGUUGAGAGAGAAAAUGCGAUUUCAGAUAAUUCAGAGGAAGAUACCUUUUAUCAACAGGAGAGGAAGAUUCCAGGAAGCAUGCGAAACAAAUUUAUUGAGGAAGACAUAGUUUCAGAUGAUUCACUGGAGGAUACUUCAGAUUGGGUGCACAGAGGGUUUCAAGGAAGCAAGCAAGCCAAAUUUAGUGAGAUGGGAGCUGCAGUUUCUGAUGGCUGUAUGGAACAAAACUCUCGUCAGCAGCAUAGGAAGGUUCCAAAAGGCCCACAAACUGAAUUUAUUGAGAAAGAGGAUUUUGAUUUGGACAAUUCUUUUGAGAGGGAAGUUUCAGUUUCUGAUGAUUAUGUGGAAGAGAAUUCUCAUCAGCAACAUAUGAGGGCUUCAAGAAGCAAGCCAACCAAAGGUUUUGAGUUGGAAGAUUCAACUUUGAGUGAUUUUCUGGAAGAUAAUACUUUCCAGCAGUGUAGGAGGAUUCGCAGCAGGAAGCAAGUGAAACAUGCUGAGCAAGAAGAUGCUCCUUCAGAUGACGCUUUGGACGAUAAUACUCUUUUGCAACAUAAAAAGAUUCUCAGAAGCAAGGAGGCGAAAUGUAUUGAAGCGGAAGAUGCAGCUUCUUAUAAUUCAAUGGAUGAUGAUGACUCUCUCCAGCAGCAUAAGCGAAGUCUUAGAAGCAAGCAGAAGAAAGCAGUGACCCCUCGCCAAAUGAAACAAGAGAACCCUGGACGUAGGAAACAGGGGAGCCUUCAGCUACAGAAACAAGGGAACCCUCGAGUGUUGAAACAAGAGAAUGCUAGAUUAAUUAAACAAGAAAUGCAAAUUAAACAAGAGACUCCACGUGUUCACAAUUUUAAAAGUGGAGGGAACACGAGACAGAGAAAUUCUUGUAUUGAUCAGGAACUGGAAGGCGGCCCUAGCACACGUCUUAGGAAAAGGACUUCAAAGCCUUCAAACGAGGUAGAGAGCAAAUUGAAAGUGAAGCAGGCUAGCAAGAAGAACGCUACUAAAGCUUCAGCCACGAAGGUUAAUGCUGGUCGCAACAGUGCAAAAUUGAGGAAUGAGGAAGCAGAAUACCAAUGUGAUAUUGAGGGCUGUACCAUGACUUUUAACUCGAAACAGGAGCUUGUUGUGCAUAAAAGAAACAUAUGUCCUGUCAAAGGGUGUGGAAAGAAGUUCUUCUCACACAAGUAUCUGGUGCAGCACCGUCGAGUCCACAUAGAUGACCGCCCCCUCAAGUGCCCUUGGAAGGGCUGCAAGAUGACUUUCAAAUGGGCAUGGGCUCGAACUGAACACAUUAGGGUCCACACGGGUGCUCGUCCCUACGUGUGUGCUGAGGCAGGAUGUGGGCAGACAUUCCGAUUUGUGUCAGAUUUUAGUCGUCACAAGCGGAAGACUGGUCACUCUUCAAAGGCCAGAGGAUAAUCUGAAGAUUGUAAUUUAACAUUGCUAAUGAGACUAUUGUUCGAUUGACGGGUAGGGUUAGGCCUAGCCAAAAAAUGGAUUAGGAAAUCAACUGUAAUUGUCAUUCAGGGUAACAAUUGAUUCUGUUUUACCGUGGGUCUUCAUUAGGCCCAUUUUGUUCACUGCAGCCAGAGCCAUUGUUGGAUCUGGAAUUAGAUUUAUUUUCCACGGAUAUUGCAUGUUAAAUGAUCUGCGUACACCUUAUUGUAUAGAGUCUGGUGAAAAUUGUAUUGAGCCGAA